UAUGUGGGAGACUAUGGACUCCAUGCUUCCGACAUAGGAACAGGACCACGUUGGGAAGCUUCACUUCAGAGAGAAUGCUGGGAAUUUGCAGAGGGCGACGGAAAUUCCUGGCUGCCUCUCUGACUCUGCUUUUCGUUCCUGCUAUAACCUGGAUUUACCUGUUUGCCGGCAGCUUUGAAGAUGGAAAGCCAGUGUCAUUGUCUCCAAUUGAAUCCCAGCCCCACAGCCCUCAUUACACAGCCACAAGUCAACGUGAAAGAGAAAGCUUGGAAGUUCGCAUGCGAGAAGUGGAAGAAGAAAACCGUGCACUACGCAAGCAGCUCAGUCUGGUGCAGAGCCGGGGGAUGUCUCACCGACGAGGCAAUCAUUCAAAAACUUAUUCCAUGGAGGAAGGGACUGGGGACAGUGAGAGCCUCCGGGCUGGCAUUGUGGCAGGGAACAGCUCUGAAUGUGGACAACAGCCAGCAGUGGAGAAGUGCGAG